AAUAUAGAGAGAGGGGGAAGAGAAGAGUGAAAGAGAGUCCACCAUUGAUCUCUUUAACACCAAACCCCACACCCAUUUCGUGAUUGCCCAGCGUCGUCCAUACCCGACCCUAUCUAUCUAUAUCUGCCUGCACACACUCAGACUGAGAGAAAGAGAGCCAACAACUACAGUCACAGAAAACCAAAAGCACUGUGUGUGUCUCUCUAAAUCAACCAAAAAAAGAAAAAAAAAAAAAACCCUAAGCUAAUGAUGAUGGAUCAGCGACAGCGAGAGAAACUGCUUCACAAAACCGAGGCCUGUGCCUUCGUGGCAGGUGUUGCUGCCGAGCUUCGACUUGUCGCCGCCCAAGGAGACAUCGCCAACACCAACAACGUUAACUCCACCACCACCAUCGUAUCUCAAUCUCACGCCUCGCCUCGGAUCCACGACGCCAACCACCUUGGCCUCGUCGCUGCGGUUACCAAUCUUGGAACUGUUCACAGGAAGAAGAGGAUGCCCAGGCAGCGAAGAUCCACCGUCGCCACCUCCUCCACCACCCCCACCUUGUUUCUCCAGAUGCACCACUCCGACAACGCUCUCCCCUCCAAGCACCACCACCCUAAUUUACCAUCUUCAACUCCUUCCGCCUCCUCGCACGUGCCACCCUCCUCUCUCCAGUCCGUUAAACACCCCACUCCUCCCCGGCUCGCCGCACGUGGAAUCGAUCAAAGAAACUUGAGGUUCCUUUUCAAAAAGGAGUUAAAGAACAGUGAUGUUAGCUCCCUAAGGAGAAUGGUGUUGCCCAAGAAAGCAGCAGAGACUUUCCUCCCACCACUGGAAUCAAAAGAAGGAAUUUUUAUGGACAUGGAAGACAAAGAUGGUACUCGUGUGUGGAAUUUCAAGUACAGGUUUUGGCCUAACAACAAUAGCAGGAUGUACGUGCUUGAAAAUACCGGAGAUUUUGUCCGCACACAUGGCCUUCGAUCCGGCGAUACCAUUAUGAUUUACCAACAGAUUGAAAACAAUAACUAUGUUAUUGAGACGAGAAAAGCUUGGGAAGAAGAUGAAUCUGUGGGACAAAGUAAUGAGACAGUGAACAAGAUGUUCCCGAGUGACUUGGAGGUCAACAAACCAGGAUGUUUCAACAUAAGCUACCCUGCAGGGAAUGAUGCUGGCAUGUCGUACAUAUAUGAGACUACUAUCUCAAAUGACUCUCCACUUGACUUUCUGGGAGGAUCAAUGACGAACUUUUCAAGGAUUGGACCGGUUGAAACCUUCGGUUCUGUUGAAAAUUUGUCCCUUGAUGACUUUUAUUAAAGCACGGCACAACCACACAAAACAAACUAAUUAACAUGGUAUUACUAAGACCAGUUAGAAUAUGUAAGGUACUAAAAUGUUUUUUUUUUGUUGUUCAUGAGUGAAUAUGGGAGGAUUUUAGUUGAAUAAAAGGGAGUCAGUGAGCAUGUUUUGUGUUCCUCUCUCACGAACAAGUGAGAUUGUAUGUGAUGUAUUAAUUUUUUAUAUUUAUUUUUG